AUGUUUAACAAUCAUACACUAGUCGAUUUUGAUAGAGUCUUGCUUAGUGAUUCGAAGGAAAUAAAUCGAUUGCAAAAUGAAUUUGAAUCUAAUGGUUGGUGUUUUAUUCGAUUACCCAAUGGAUAUGAUCAAUUAACAAAUAAACUAAAAGAAGUACAAACAGUUCUCUCGGCUUUUUUCGCUCAAAGUCAAGAGGUAAAGUCUCGGUAUGAAUCAUCCAAUGCUAUUGGCUACUCACACGUUGAUCAUAAAGAAGGUAUUAAAGUAUUAAUUGAUCAGAACGGUCUUGGGAAUUUCCAUAAUCGUUUAACAAGCGAUGUAGAGCAAGCUUUACAAUACCUAGCAAUAUUGAUCCACAAUUUAACCAAUGUUUUAAAAACGAUCAUAUUCAAUAUGUCCUUAUUUAGGCAAAAUUCCAGUGAUCAUUUAGUAGAGUUAUCUGGAUUGGGUAUGCUCGAUAUAGUAAACUAUUUUAAUAAAAAAGCAGGACCUCAACAUCAGCCUAAAAUUGGUCUAAAUACGAACGAAGUCAAUUGUGUUCCACAUUUUGAUCCAGGUCUUUUUUCAUUAAGUAUUCUAUCUACGUGUGAAGGACUUCAGUUGUAUGAUCAAUUACAAGAUAAAUGGAUUGAUGGACCAAAUAAUUCUGAAAUUGAACAAAAUGCGAUUGGUGUCAUCUGGUUAGGUGAAGCAGCAAGUAUUUUGACAAAAAAUUGUUUCAAAUGUGGCAUUCAUCGCGUCGUGUAUCCGCAAGUUAUGCAUAAGUCACGUCUUACGAUUUGGCAAGAAAUUUGUACUAAAGCUCAAAUUGAUCCAUUAAUCUCAAAGAAGCAUAUUUCAAUUUCUAUUCCAAAUAAAAAUACGAAUAUUAAAAUGACUAAUCGAUCAAAUUAUUCACCAAUGAAAACACAAUCAGGAGGUGAAACAAUGAAUAGUGUUAUGAUACCAAUCGAAAAUGAACGCGGCAUAUCGCCGAGUAACGCUACUCCCAGGCACUUAAAAAUGAGCUACAAUAAUAACAGCAACAUAAAUACUAAUAAAUAUAAUGAUAGUGAUGAUGAUGAUGAGGAUGAAGACGAGGAUGAGGAGGAUGGUAAUAAUAAAAAUAAUGAUAGUAACAAAAAUGGUCAUGAUACUCAGCGAAAAUCGAAGGAUAAUCGAUUGCCAGGCGGUGCAUCAGUUAUUAUGAGAAAUCAACCAAAUUCUGUACCAUUUGAAAUCAAACCGACCGGUGAAACAAUGAAUAAUUUUUUGAAACGAGUCGAAAACGAACGCGGUCUAUCGAUCAGUAAAUCUGGUAUUGAGCAUAUUGAAAUCAAGUUUCCGGUGCGAAAAAAUGCAAAAUCAGAUCAACCAAAGAAAAAGAGAUCGUUUUUGUCGAAAAUUUUAAAAUAA